GUUUCUUCUCGAUAGCGGUGUUGACGUUUUUCCUUUUUCUCUUUCUGGUAGGGUGUCUUUCAAUGUACUGUAAUAAAUUAUAAAUUUGUGAAAUAUGGAUUCUUUUGCUCUUACAGAAGGCAUCGUGCCUGAUGCGAACAAUCAAAAUGGCCACGAAGCCGAAAAGGACACCACCGGAGAGUUGCCCGAGGGGGCUAACAAGUUCCAACGUGCCAUUGCAGCUUGGAGAGGUAUUGAUCUCUCCAAUACCAUCGCGAAAUUGGACACGACUGCCUCGGAUAUUGUCGCUCAGCAGCGUGAUGCUCUUGUUCAAAGGAAGGAUCUUGCCCAGAAGACGAAGGACUUCCGAAAGUUGGAUGAUGCGGGAAAGCUUGCGGAAUAUAAAGGCCUGUUGAAAGCUUACCAAAGCUUUAUCGACGUCUUGACGAACCAAGGAAAGGCCUCUUCGAACGCCUUCUUGCAGCUAUAUUCUUCCUUAUCAGAAGCGCCUGACCCUUAUCCGCUGCUCGAGGCAUCAGUUGACUCCCUCGUUCAUACCGAAGAAACUGUACCGAGGUUAACAUCCGAGCGGAAUCAAUUACAGAGCAAUGUGGACCGUCUUACCUCCCAAUUAGAUGACGCCGAGAAGCGGCUCGAAGAGGAACGAACGACAAGGAAAAAGUUGGAGGAUAAUCAAGAAUCCAAAAUCAAGGAGAUCGAGUCUUCCUGGUCAGCCGUUUUGUCGGAGAAAUCGAACAAUUGGACCGCCAAGGAGAAGAGUUUGGAAGAAAAGGUAGAGAAUCAAGAACGCUUGAUUAAGGAACUCAAAGCUAGCUACGAGGUUUCACAGCGGUUGGGCCAGGAGGACAGUAGUGAAUAUGGUCCCCAGCAAGGAGGGGCUACUGCUGCGGAGCUGGAGCUAGUGUCUGCUGACCUAGAAAAGACAAACCUCAGACUAGCAGAGGUGGAGGCUCGAAAUGAGCAAUUGAGACUUGAGCUGGCUCAAGUUGUCUCGCAUUCACAACCAGAGCAAACAAUGUCUGUUGAAGAAGACCCCGCCUACCUUCGCCUUCAGUCAGAGAAUUCUUCCCUGUUGCGCAAGUUAGAUGCAGCUCGAUUUGACAGGGAGUCUGAGCGGCAUUCUUGGGAAUCCAAAAUCUCACAAUCUGAGAGACAUAGCGCUAAGGCUGCCGCCGAGAGGGAUGAGCUACGAGCGAGGUUAGAGAAAGUUGCUGAUUAUGAAGAUAUCCGUCGCGAGCUGGAGAUGAUCAAAUCUAUUGAAUUUUCAGCCGGUGACGAUGAUGAUACCCGAGAUUCCACGGAUAAUCCUGCAGUCGCUACCAAUGGCACUGCUUCCAAGGACGAUGCUAAGAACAAUUUAGAGCAGCUUCUGCUGUCUAGGAACAAGAAGCUCACGGACGAACUUACUGUUUUACGAUUAUCACAUCGCGAUCUUCAAGGCCAACUUGAGACUCUGCGCGCGGAUCUCUUGACUACUAGGCGGGAACUUGAAAUAUCCCAGAAACUUUCUACUACCCUUGAGAAUGACCUUCUCCGUGUACAGGAAGAAGCAGCGAAUGCUUUCCCGUCAUCUGCAAUGUCUAUCGCAGGCACUUACACCUCAAAACACCCAUACUCCUCUCGACGGGGAGCUACGUCGCCGACGUCGUCAAUUAUCUCGGGCUUUGACCAUUCGUCUGGAUCUCCUAGUACUAUGGAUGCCAUUCGAGCAGGAGAAGCUGUUGGGGGUGGGUCCGGCUUGUUGCCUAUGAUUCAGGCACAACGGGACCGGUUCAAGAAGAAGAAUGCGGAGCUAGAGGAAGAGCUGUCAAAGAUGUAUAAUUCGGUGAAAUCACUCCGGCAAGAGGUUUCUUCCCUUCAGAAAGAUAACCUCAGUCUGUAUGAAAAGACAAGGUAUGUGUCGACAUACAACCGUGGCCAGGGAGGCUCCUCUUCCGCGAGUGCCUACGGAAACAAACCAAGCGCAUCCUCCGUUCACCUAUCGUCGGACACGCCGUCAGGUUUGUCACUUGAUCGCUACCAGUCCGCAUACGAGGCUCAAAUCUCACCCUUUGCGGCUUUCAGGGGACGAGAAUCUGCACGCGCAUAUAAGCGCAUGAGCCUGCCUGAACGGAUAGUAUUCUCUCUCACGCGAAUAAUACUGGCCAAUCGGACCAGCCGGAACUUAUUUGCAGGGUAUUGCUUUGCCAUCCAUAUUCUCCUCUUUGCUAUGUUGUAUAUGAUGAGUACGAUGGAGAUAGAGAAACACAGUGCAAACUUGGGCGCGGCAGCCAUGGUUGGCGGUGGCAGCAACUAUGGUAGCGGGCAGCAGCUGAACGGGAAUGAGUGGCAACAAGAAGGGUUCCACCAUGCAAGUUAAACAACCUUGAGGAGAACCCUAAUAUUCUUAUGGGCGAAUUUUUCAUUUCUUGAUUGGCGGGUGUUGGCGUCAGUGGUGAUAUUGAGAAUGUACUUAUCUACAAGUAACUCUGCAUUUCUAUUUCUGAUUACUAUUGGAGAACGUUAGACUAUUUGAAUACCCUGUGGAAAUUGAGAACUAUACA